CGCGACAUGGAGGUAUUUGGAUAUAAAGGGAUGCAAACCAGGCCUGGGACUGUGCGGCAGUACGAGAGAAUUCCAAACGAGUGUUCCAUGAUGAAGUUCUCACGCUCACUCGUCUCGUUGGCCAGCCUGGCGCUCGCCAACGCCCUCCCGCAGGCGACAUCCACUCCCACGCCAACACCUACGCCAACAGGAUCCAGCUCUUUCCCAACGACAUCGGGUCUACAGUUCGUAAUUGACGGCGAAGCAGGCUACUUCCCCGGCUCAAACUCGUACUGGAUCGGCUUCCUCACGAACAAUGAUGACGUGGACCUCGUCUUCGACCACAUGGGCGAAUCCGGAUUGCGCAUUCUGCGCGUCUGGGGGUUCAACGAUGUGAAUGAGGUCCCUGGUUCCGGGACGGUUUACUUCCAGCUGCACCAGGAUGGAGUCUCGACGAUCAACACGGGCGGGGAUGGACUUCAGCGACUGGAUUAUGUCGUGCAGUCGGCUGAGGAGCGGGGGAUCAAGCUGAUUAUCAACUUUGUGAAUUAUUGGGAUGAUUAUGGUGGCAUGAAUGCGUAUGUGCAGGCGUAUGGAGGCUCGUCGAAUGCGGACUUUUACGCCAGUGCUGAGAUGCAGGCGGCGUAUCGGGCGUAUGUUGAGGCUGUCGUGUCGAGAUACAUUGAUAGCCCUGCCGUGUUUGCGUGGGAGCUGGCGAACGAGCCGAGGUGCCAGGGGUGUGAAACGAGUGUGUUGCACGAGUGGAUUGAGGAGACGAGCCGGUAUAUCAAGGAGUUGGAUCCGCAGCAUAUGGUUUGCAUCGGUGAUGAGGGCUUCGGUCUUGAGACUGGGUCUGACGGCAGCUAUCCGUAUGGAUACAGCGAGGGCUCGGACUUCGCAGCGGCGCUCACGAUCGAAACGAUUGAUUUCGGGACAUUCCAUCUCUACCCCGACAGCUGGGGCACUGACAACGACUGGGGCAACGGGUGGGUGGCUUCCCAUGGCGCCGUCUGCGCAGCAGCGGGCAAACCUUGUCUGUUUGAAGAGUAUGGCGUGACCUCGAACCACUGCGCGAUCGAGAAGCCCUGGCAGACCACCGCACUCAACACGACCGGCGUCUCAGGCGACCUGUAUUGGCAGUACGGCGACACGCUCAGCACCGGGCCGUCGCCGGAUGAUGGCAACACGUUCUACUAUGGUACGGACGAGUUUGAGUGUCUGGUGACGGAACAUGUGGCAGCUAUCGAAGCGCGCGGCCGAGGAUAG